CUGCCUUAGACUUAAAACUAGUUGAUUAUCCUCAAAAUUCGUGCCACUCGACUUGUGACAAACAGUGCGACAUGUUGGCCAAUCUCUUGACCCUGGGCACCCUUGUGGCCCACCUCAUGCCCCGGAUUGGGGCGCAGUACGCGGCGGUCAACUGCUCGGAUCCGCUGACCGAAGUGACCGCCUGUGGCCGCUUCAGUCCGAAUGGCUGCUGUGCGAAGGGAUGUGUGCGGAAUGUGCGGGGCAGGUGCGUCCAGGAGCAGUGCACCGCAUCCUGGAGCGGCUGGCUGCAGCGGCCGGUGACCAUGAGCUGCUACUUCCACUGGUUCCUGCUGAUCUUCGCCGGGCUCAUCACGGCCAUCAUGCUGGGCCUGGUGGCCUGCAAUGCGGCCUUCGAGGUGCGGCGCUACCUUCGCCAGCGGAGAGCGGAGCGGUUCAGGCGCUUCAGGGACCUGAGUGGAGUCUCCAUUGGCUCCACGCAGUGCUAGGGCACGUGUGGGUGAGUAUAUGGUCCUUGGGCUGAAUCAGGAAGAAGGAAUGGAAGGGAUGUAAGGAAGGAAGUGCCGAGGGAUUUACCAUAAUCUGCAAUACAUUAGCGGCAGCUUUGCUCUGGAUUCCAAUUCAAUUCUUUGGGUAUCUGGGGCCAAAGCCAUGUAAAUUACGAUUCGCCACCUCGGAAAUCCUAUUAGUAGUUAAAACCUGAUUAGGAAAUACUUGCGGCCGACAUUCUGGCUCGCAUUUGCUCACACAUUUGCCGAAAGCAAAUAAUAAUAAAUGGCUCUCACAUGCGAGAUGCUUUGUGGAUACACAUAUGCCCUCCAGGGUGACACCACCUCCUCCGGCGAAAGUCGAAGGUGGCAGUGGCAUUCGGAUGGCGAUGGAGUCGAGUCAAAGGUGCAAUAACCCAACCGAAGGGGGCACAUAAAACUAAAUGGCUGCGGGUUGCGUUGCCAGUCCUCGAAGUCCUCCCCGGAUCACCUCUUCCUUCUCUGCGGACUCAGUAGCUAUUGCGGUGGAGAUAACACCCGCAAGGAUACACCCAAGGACACGCGGAGAGGAACGCUGUGAAUGGGGUUGUGAAAGUGUAUAUUUUGUUUCAAGUGGAAGAGAUUAUUAAAAUCGGGAAGCUAUAUAUUUUA